GUUGAGCACAGUGUCUGUUCCCUGUUCGCUUUUGUUUCGAUUUUCUGUUUCUUUCCAUUUUCCCUGUAGAUAUAUCCACAAUGUUGAGACGGACAGUUCUAAGGAUGAUGUUAUUGCUGUGGAUGACAAGAGUAACACUUCAGGGUGGCACAGGGUACCAACCUCAAAAAUCAAAUGGCAAUGCAGCACAGAUUUCACCAGGAGGUUAUGGAAAUGGGAAUGGUAAUGGUAACAAUGGCUACAAAGCUCCAUCUCAUGGGGGCUACAGCAAUGUAUUGGGCAAUCAUCCCCGAAAAGGAGCUGGUUUAGGUUAUGGUGCUGGACCUGAAGCAACUAAGGGACUGGGUUCAAAUCCCAGAGGCUCUUCUCAAUAUAUGGGGAACACAAAUGGUGGAACAAAGGGACCUAAACCAGGAUAUGGUGCUCAAGCUGGACAAGCCAAUGGACAAAUAGCCAAGCCUAAUGGUUAUGGGGGAUAUCCUAAUGGAGGUGCAGCUAACCAGCCUAAAACAGGAUUUUCUCAGUAUAUGGGGUAUCCCAAUGGUGGAACUAAGGGACCUAAACCAGGAUAUGGAGGAUAUCCUAAUGGUGGUGCAGCUAACCAGCAUGGGUCUUCACAAUAUAAGGGAUAUCCCAAUGGUGGAAUCAAAGGACCUAAUCCAGGAUUUGCUGCUAAUGCUGGAGUGUCUAAUGGAAAAGGAAUCAAGCCUAAUGGAUAUGGAGGAUAUCCAAAUGGAGGUGCAGCUAACCAGCAUAACGGAGGCUCCUCUAAGUAUAUGGGUUAUCCCAAUGGUGGAAGCAAGGGACCUAAACCAGGAUAUGGUGCUAAUGCUGGACCUUCAGCUGGACAAGUAGCCAAGCCUAACGGAUAUGGAGGAUAUCCCAAUGGAGGUGCAACUAGCCAGCUUAAUGGGGGGUCAUCUCAAAAUAUGGGUUAUCCCAAUGGUGGAACCAAGGGCCCUAAACCAGAAUAUGGUGCUAAAGCUGGACCUUCAGCUAGACAAGUAGCCAAGCCUAAUGGAUAUGGAGGAUAUCCUAAUGGAGGCGCAGCUAGCCAACCUAAUGGAGGCUCUUCUCAAUUUAUGGGUUAUCCCAAUGGAGGAACCAAGGGACCUAAAUCAGGAUAUGGUGCUAAUGCUGGACCUUCAGCUGGACAAGUAGCCAAGCCUAAUGGAAAUGGAAGAUAUCCUAAUGGAGGCACAGUUAACCAGUCUAAUGGGGGAUCCUCUCAAAAUAUGGGCUAUCCUAAUGUUGGAACCAAGGGACCUAAACAAGGAUAUGGUGCUAAAGCCAGACCUUCAGCUGAACAAGUAGCCAAGCCUAAUGGAUAUGGACUAUAUCCUAAUGGAGGUACACCUAACCAGCCUAAUGGGGGAUCCACUCAAAAUAUGGGUUAUUCCAAUGGUGGAACCAAGGGACCUAAACAAGGAUAUGGUGCUAAUGCUGGACCUUCAGCUGGACAAGUAGCCAAGCCUAAUGGAUAUGGAGGAUAUCCUAAUGGUGGUGCAACUAACCAGCCUAAUGAAGGCUCCUCUCAAUAUAUGGGUUAUCCCAAUGGUGGAGCCAAGGGACCUAAAGCAGGAUAUAGUGCUAAAGCUGGACCUUCACCUGGACAAUUAGCCAAGCCUAAUGGUUAUGGAGGAUAUUCUAAUGGUGGUGCAGCUAACCAGCCUAAUACAGGAUAUGGUGCUAAAGCUGGACCUUCAACUGGACAAGUAUCAAAGCCUAACGGCUCCUCUCAAUAUAUUGGGUAUCCCAAUGGUGGAACCAGUGGACCUAAACAAGGAUAUGGAGCCAAAGCUAGAGCUACGCAUGGACAAGGAGCCAAGCCUCAGAAUGGAUAUGGAGGAUAUUCUAACGGGGGAGCCAUUAACCAACCUAAUACCGGCUCAUCUCAGUAUAUGGGGUAUCCCAGUGGUGGAUUCAAGGGUCCCUUAAAUGGACAAGGAACCAAGCCUAAUAAUGAAUAUGGUGUUCCUGGAUAUACGCCAAAAGGACCUAAAGCAGCUAAUUCAGGGUAUAUGCCUGUAAUAACUGGAAAUAAGGGUGUUUCAAGUGGAAAGGGACCAAGGGGGGAGAUUUUAAGUGCUGAAGCACCAAGUCAAGCAACACCAUCCAACACAAAGGGUGUUCUACCAGUAGCUCAACAACAGCCAGUUACAGGAUUUCUUCCAGAACAGGGAACUAAAGGCCUUCCAGUUCUGCAACAAACAAAGGGACAAAUUCUUCAAGCAUCAUCACCACAGAGUAAAAUCCCAAAUUCCAUGGCACCUCAAUUUGCUUCAAACCCAUUUAUGCAGGGCCCUAGCUCUUAUAAGCCUAGUAAAGUUUAUAAACCACCAACACCUGCAAUUCCAAUUGAAAAGCCAGCGAUUCCUGUAAUCCCUCAAACAAUGCCUGCACCAGAAUCUGCUUUCAUUCCUCAAACAUCACAGACAACUCCACUAAAGCAGGAACAAGUCCUUUCAUUGGAAAAGAAAAGUCAAGUGACGGCACAAACAGUUCCACAACAAGGCAGCAUUUCUUCUCAGGUGGCUCAAUCAACUCCAGUAAUGCAGCAAGCAGAGAUUCAGUCAAACCCUGUUUUGCCUCAGUUGAAGAAUCCAACCACAACAAAUCCUGAACUCACUGGUCUAGGACAACCUAAUGGUCAGGUGCAGGGUGCUGUGCCAUCGAAGCCUGACUGUGGACCUGAAGGACGACCUAAUGGACAAUGGGUCAAACUUCCAAAUGCUGGGUUUGGGUAUCCCAAUGGAAAAGGAGAAGGGUUAUCACAACCAGGCUUUGUUGCAGGUAUUGGUGGUUAUCCAACUCAGGGCAUGAAUAAUGGCCACAAAGCAGGAUAUGGAGGCUAUGGAAACCAAUUUAAAACCAAAGCUGGACCACAAGGUGGACCACCAGCAGGAUUGGGAACAAAGGGAAAAUCUCAAACAAAAUAUGGAAUUGGUGGACUUCCCUUUGGUGGUUCCCCCAGUGGAUAUCAGUCCAACCCCUAUGCACAAUAUGGUAAUGAUGGUCAGCGAUAUGGAGCUAAACCCUACAAUCCUAAAGCACCAGGAAAAUAUGGAUAUGGUAGUUUACCAUACAACUCUCAGGCUCUUCCAGAAUCAGUUGCUAGAUCACCUGAUUUUGGAGGGUUACCCUACAAUGGCCAGCCACUUGGAUAUGGCAGUGGCAAAUCCACUGGCAAAUAUGGACAAAAGGGUCCUCAAUAUGGUGGUCAGUCCCUUGGUCACGGGGCUGAUGCUAUGUCCGGAAAAUACGGGUCUCCUGAAUCCUUGUACACACCAGAAACUGUCAAUCUUGGAGGCAAUGCCAAAUCAACUAAAUAUGGUAAUCCAGCGGUAUCAUAUGAACUCCUCGGCCCUGUGACUGAUGGUCAAUCUGUUGAAGAAAACAGAAGACUGGAGACUUUGCACCAAGGUCCAGAGAUUGAUGGACAGAAAGCCAUUGACAACUUUGGAGAUGGAGAGAUUCCACCCCAUUCUGAUGUUCCAGGAGCUGGAGAGGCGAAUGCACAAUCUACAGAAAAAUAUGGAACUGAGGAUUAUAUUGCUGGAAAACUACAACCAGAGGGAUAA